AAGCGACCCCUCUGCAUGAUUCUUACAAACUUGAUUGUCCGUGGGGAGCGAUGGCAGGUAUUGGAGAUGUAGGAGCGAAGAAACCGGUCGCUUUCCUUGACGUUUGCUCUCGCACUUCUCCAGAGGAAGAAUUCCAAUGCACCAAUUCUACCCUUGACAUCUAUCCCAACGCUGAUUUUUACUUUGGACGUUCGGACGCUUGCCAGUACCAAUGUCCUGACCCGACAGUUUCAAACAAGCAUUUGCAUUUUCACUGUAUCAUCUUCGAAGAAGGCGUCUCUGAAAACAACAUACCGCCGCUGGUUUACGUCGAAGAUCUUUCGACCAAUGGCACGUAUCUCGCGCGUGCGAGUCGAGACGUCAAGUGGCCCCUUGAGCAACGACUUUCUCGACGUAGUGGCAAGAUCUUACUCAAUGCUGGCGACAGACUACGUGUCAGCCCGACACUAGCUCUUCAAUUUAGGUACUCUUCGACCAUAGCGCCUAGCUCUUGCCGUCUGAGUGAUUGGCAACGCCGACAGGCUGAGUUGUUUGCCGAUAGAUACACCAUAACUGACCAGAUUGUCGGCUGCGGAGGUCAUGGUGAGGUUUUUGUUGCGAUUCAUAACAAGUCCCAGCGACAGCUUGCGUGCAAAGUCGUUGAGAUCCUCUCACCCAACCUGACGAAGAAGUCAUCGCUGAAGGGCAACGCAGAACAGCGGAACGGAAGCCCGAUCAGUCAUAGACAUAGGAAUCGCCUGCAUACGGAGAAUAUCCUUGAAAGUCUCCAGUUUCGUGAGUUCGAAAUCCUGAAAGAUCUUGACCAUCCCAACAUCGUGCGGCUCGAGAAGGUUUUCUGGAGCGCGUCAACCAUAUUCAUCUUCCAGGAGCUUGUCACCAGUGGCGAUUUAUUCUCAUAUAUUGAGGGCCAAGGAGGUAAAUUGUCUGAUACAGACUCGGCCAUCAUUCUGCACCAGAUUUUGAAGGGCGUAGAGUACAUGCAUGAUCGCGACAUCGUCCAUCGAGACCUGAAGCCAGAUAAUAUCCUCGUCUCUACUAGCACUGAUUGCCCCCUUCGUAUCGUAAUCACGGAUUUUGGAAGCUGCAGACGUAUCGAGGGCCCGAAGUCCCCCGGGAGCGAGGCCAAGAAGAGAAUGCACACCAUCGUGGGAACCCUCGAAUACGCCGCGCCGUUUGUCGUUUCCUUUGUGCUUAUGUGUAAAUGAUAGCUGACUGAAACCAGAGAAAUAUACGGAAAAGGAUCCAAAAAUUCGCCCUUGCGGGGGUACUCGAAGGCUAUCGACAUGUGGUCCGUGGGCGCAAUUGCGACCGCCUUGCUGACAGGAGAUGCCAUCUUCACUGACCGACUGAAUCCCAUGAUUCGAACGGAUCCAGCAAAAGUCAUCCUUGAACUGUCGUCUCGAUGUGACCUCAGCAUCCUCGAUAACGAUUACAGUGUCUGGCGCGACGUGGGAAAGCGACCCAAAGAUUUUAUUCGUGGACUUCUUGUCCUGGACGAGUCGAAACGAAUGACGGUGAAGCAAGCACUCGCUCACGAAUGGUUCACAAACAAGUACUGCGAAAAGAGUUUCAAUGAUGUGUACCAGAAGGCCAUUGCAGACUGGCAGCCUCGCCGUAGAUCGUUUCGUGUUGUCGAGGCAUUAGAUCUCGACAGGCUGAAGCCUACUACAAGACAAGACUGUGCCGCGGGUCAGAAAAUAUCGCAACACUUUCCUCCGCGUGCUCUUUCAACGAAAAAGAUCAACUUGUAUCCAAUUGACGUCGUUUCUCCCAGCAAAGGCAUGUCAGCUGUUCUGCCAACUAUAGGCGAAGAAGCGACUCCCGAGCCAGAUGAGUCCGUCAAUACUCCAAGGACGCCGAAAGCAGCACGGACAAGGAAAGCUCCCCAAACGCCCACAACAUCUGACGUUCAAUACAGCCUAAGUAAAAUGGAGCUUGGACCUGACGUGCAAACGUCUGAAGCCACUACCAACUUUACCGUGAAGGACAGCCAGCAAUAUACCAGUACUGAAUCAGUUGGUCUUGACGAUUCUGCCGAGUAUGAUCAGCCAGCUGGAUUCUAUAAUACUGUUCCAGAAACACCCCGUCCAAGAUUAAAGCGACCGCGUGCUCAGGAUAAGUGCAACCAAGACGAUACCUUUCGCGACUUGACUGAUGAUCCACUUUCUUUCAACAGAAAUAUGGCUAAAAAAAUGCGCAUGCUAUGACCGCCACUCUUGCCGGCAUUUUGGCUUGAGACAAUUGCUGAUUCGUCACAGCAACAAGUAGAAACUUCGCAGCGCUUACGAAGCUUAGUGCAUUUGUAGACUGGUAUCGAGCUUUCGUGCGGAAUGCAAAUAGACGGGAAAUGGUAUGAGCAAUCGUAUCAAGG